AUGAACCCCCACCAGAAGAACAAGGUUGACAUCAACAAGCAAACCCGAGGCAUUUGCUACCGCAUCCCCCUUCCACCCCAAACCCCGCCCAAGGACCAAAACCCAUCGCUGACCUUCUCUCCCUUGGCCCAACCGAAACAGUCCCUCUCCCCCGAGGAGCAGCGCCUCUUCCGCCUCUACGGAAAGCUCCCCUCGCGCUCCGACCACUUCGCCAAGCACCUCAAGGAGCGCAAGUACUUUGACAGCGGCGACUACGCCCUCUCCAAGGCCGGCAAGGCCGACUCGGUCGACACGGGCGCCGUCGGCUCCCAGCACCCCGUCCCCGAGAACAUCCCGCACCUGUCGUCCCCCGUCGGCAGCAACGGCGGCGGCGCCAUCGGCGGCGCCGUGCCCGGCAGCGCCAACGCCCAGCACAACUUCCUGCAGGCGCACCAGCACCACCCGCAGGGCAGCAUGCAGGCCGGCAGCCCCGUCAAGGAGAGCAGCUUCCUGCACCGCGAGACGAGCGCCGACGAGGUCGAGUACGAGGCGCAGCAGCAGCAGGGCGGCGGCGGCGGAGCGCAGAGCGAGGGUAUUCCCAUUCGGCGAUAG